UUCCUAGUAACAAUUUGCAACAGUUUGGGAUUUAUUUGUUGUGCGCAUGUCCAGUUUUGAACUAAAUUCAAAUCGAAUCCAAAUAUUUUUACUAGGAACGUGACCUUACGUUUGACGUUUCGUCAUUUCUAACCUUAAUUUGUACAAUAAAUAGCGAGUGACUUGUGAUUAAAGUCAAGAUCAAUAAUAAAUUAAAGUACCGCUCAAACUGAUAAAAUGGAAGAUACACCAACAUACAUAAUUGUACAAACUCCUGAUAUGGUAUAUGAACAAAAUAUUCAGUAGAGAAUAAAAGUGGAGAAUAUAAAAUAUGGACUGCAAAUGAGACCAAAAGUUUAAUUUAUUUAUAUAAGAAAUAUCGGAACCAAGUAGGUUCACUGAAAAUUAGAUCAAUGAAACAAUUUUGGGAAAUUAUAGCCAAUUUAAUGAACGAGGAAUUACCUAUAAAUGUAACAGAUGCCCAAUGUGAAAAUAGGUGGCGUGUGCUAAAAAGAAACUACAAGAAAUAUGUAUGUGAUAAUAAUAAGAAAACUGGACGAGACAGAAAAACGUUUGAAUAUGCAGAAGAAUUUGAUGAGAUUUUUGGCAGAAAAAGGAAUAUACAUCCAGAAUUAUUAUUAACAGAAGAUUCAGCUAUAGAAAUUCAAACAUCAAAUGCAGUUAGUGAAUCAAACGGAGCAAGAUAUGAUGUACCAUCAACUUCUCAACAAUGUGAAGAAUCUGAAGAACCCGCUGUAAGUAAAGAGGAAAGAACAGACAUUCAGCAAAAUAAUAGUAAAAAAUACAAAACAAUAUUAAAAAGAAAAAGAAACACUAGAAAUGAUAUAUUAGAAAAUGUAAGAACCGAUAAAUUAAAAUACUAUGACGAGCGCUUAAAAUUGUGUAAAGACCAAUUUGAAGAAAAAAUGGUAGUAGAACGUGAGAAGUUACGGGAAUUGCAAAAUAAAAAUAGAUUGUUGGAGGAAAGGAAUGAAAUAUUAAAAAAACAAAAUAAUUCUCUUGAUACGUUUACGCAAACAAUAUUGUAAUGUUUUCCUACAAUCUAAUCGCAAAUUCAACGCAUGCACGUCAUCUGUCAGUCAAAUCAGAUUCAUUUAAAUUAAGGAUAUAAUCAUACAUUACUCAGUCACACUAGUCACUCACACACUCAGUCACUCUAGUAUAUACUACUGAUACCUUAAUUAACUGUUUUAAUGCGACAAAAUAUUGAAAAUUAUGUUGCCAUUAUGCAUUAUUAUAUAAAAUCAAUUCCAUCAGGUUAGUGACGUGCAUACGUUGAAUUUGCGAUUCGACUAUACAUAAGAAUAUUAAUUUUGU